AUGGCCGCCUUUGUUCCUGUGAACCCCAAGCCUUUCCUCAAUGAGUUGACUGGCAAGACUGUUCUUGUAAAGCUUAAGUGGGGUGGAGAGUACAAGGGAUAUCUUAUCUCUGUUGAUGCCUACAUGAAUCUUCAGCUUGCAAACACUGAAGAAUUCCAGGAUGGCGUCUCUGUAGGAAUCUUAGGCGAAGUUCUCAUCAGAUGCAACAAUGUGCUGUACAUCAGUGGUGUGGAAGAAGAUGCACCAAUGGAGUAA